CAACACUUCUAAUGGGCUGGACGAAGAAUUGGCCCAAAAAGUGUUGGUUACUAUUUCCUAACACCUAUUUAGAAAUCUUAAAACGACAUCGUUUGAAAGCAAGUCGAUAUCGACUGAGAGAGGGAGCUCUGCGGGAAUUCUUCGUUCAGAGUCGUUGCUUUGGUUUCUCCGUCAGAGUCGAAGCACCUCCAUCGUCGUCGGUAAACCCGGAUCCGAUUCUGGGAAACUGUGCCUGUUCAAAAAUGGGUAUAGGGUUUGUGGUUGGCGUGUUGGGGGUUCUGAUUCUCGCUCAUGCCGCUUAUUCAACAAUUCAAUAUAGGGGAUUGCUUAAGAUCACAGAGGAAGAAUUCUCAGGGCCGCCCAUUAAUGUGGUGGUUGAGUUGCUAUUAGGGUUAGUUUUCUCUAUGUGGGCAGCCCUAACUGUGCCAGGAAAUUUCCUCUCCAUAUACCCGGAUUCGGAGGAGAAUAGGAUUGUUUCGUUGCCGGCCAACCUUGAUUUCAUUAUUUUUAACCAUCGUGGUAAAGCAGUUUCGUCAGCCAACAUAAAAUUGAAGCAUUGAGGUUAUCUUCAUAAAAGAAAGGGAUUUAGCUGACAGGAUAGUGUGUUUUUCUGGUCAUCUAAAAGCCUAGUAGAGAAAUCACUGAUGGUGUCCAGGAGAUGAGUUACGCCACUAUCAAGUUAUUUUGGAAAUGUUGUUAAUGUUUCUCUCUA